AAUACACAACUCCGUAUGGGGCAUUUAUCUGGACUAGGCCACCGUAUUUUGUUGUGGCUUCGCUUACUCAUACUGAAAGUGAAAGAAGGAACGAAGCCGUAUAACAAAACAGUCCAUGUCGAGUUCUCAGUUAAACAAUCGGUCCACCACCAAGAGACGUCGCCUUGUAGAGGAGCGUGUAAGUUAAACAUGGCCUCAAUGGGUAUCCUCCUUUUUUUCACUGUCAUCUACAUCAGAACAGGACAUACAAACACGGCUUUUGUAAAAGUGGAAUGCCAGGCUGGAAAGGUGGGAGUGUAUGGCCAGCAGUCACUGCUGCAGUGUGUUGUCAAAACCACACAAGACAACACAGAAAUCCGGGUGGUCACUUGGAAGAAAGAGGGACUCUAUGACCCCUUACUGGUUUUUUACAAAGAGAAAAUUGUUCCAAGGCAAGGCUAUUCUUUUGCUGAGCCGUCCUGGAAUGAAAGAAACAUGAAUGUAUCCCUGCUCAUCACCAACACCUCUGUAAAGCACGAGGGAGUUUAUAAAUGUGAGGUGAUGACAAACAGCGGCGACGGAUCCGACAGCACCAGCCUUAAGGUCACAGCCAAAUACAAAAAACCAACUAUCCACUCCGACCCUCAGAAAAUACUUUCUAAUACAGAUGUUACCCUGACAUGCAAGUCUUCUGAAGGCUACCCAAAAGGUCAACUUCGCUGGUUUGAUGAGCACAACGUAGAGUGGACAAUAAGCUCUCAAAAGGAGGAGGACCAGACAGAAAGUGGUCUGUUUAACCUCUGUAGCAAGCUGUAUUUGCGGAAAGGAUCCACGUUCACCAAAUACACCUGCAAAGUGUUCAAUGCCAGUGACGGCAAAGAGGACGAGGCCACAUUUGAAGUACACAAUGCAUCAGGUUCAGUUGGCAACAUCACAGCCAACAAAUCUCAUCUGCCAGCUACCAAAAUAGUCGCUCCUGUGGUGGUCAUCGGAUCUCUGAUCGUAGGGUUGCUGUUGGCGCUGCUGAUCUAUAGAAAGCGAUCUCAAAAGGCGCGGAGACACUCCACAACACCCCUUAUGGGUGACCAUCGUGGGCUCGCUACAAGCGAUUACGAUGAUGGUGAUCAGGAGGGGGAUAAAACAUGCCAAGUCAGCCUGGCCUGAGCUGCAGGAGACACUGCAUGGGACAUGACACAUGCUAAUGCACUGGCAACCUCUGAAAUCAACACUUCCUUGUUUGCUAAUCUGCACUCUAUUGUUCCCUAUUGCAAACAACUCUGUAUAUAACCAGGAAUAACUUGUACUACUGUGAUUAAUCAGAGGAACUGUCUUAAAUGAAAUCCAAAUGUGAAGAAAGAGCUCUGAUUUUGAAUCAGUGAUGAUGGACAUCUAGUAGGCAGAGGGUCCUGUUCAGGGCAUGUGUCCUUUAAACUUUGACAACCACAUUGGGUUCUAUGUGUAACAUCACCACCUUAGUUAAUUUAGGAGGGCAGCAGCUUUGAUAUGUUUUGGUUGUUGGAGAAAAUGUUUUGUUAAUUGUGUUCACGCAGUAACUGUAGCCUUUUGUAGUUUGACAGGAAUGACCCUCCUUCUCACUUCCUCUUGUCAUAUUAUGUCAGAUUCUGAAGAAAGCUUUGUACAAAAGAAAGUUGUAUUAUUAGGAUAAGGGCAGGGAGUUAUAUGUAAAUUCAAUGGAAAUGUAACAAAAGACAAGACUAUUCCGAUGAAAAGACCAAAAGCAGCUAUGUGCUAGCCCAUCUCAGGACUUCCUACCAUCUGGGCCUCUCAGAUCCUCAAUCCUAUUGACGACAUAAAUGGUUAAAACGGGUUCCAAGCGUUACAUGCUUGGAACAUUUUUUUUACAUUUUUUAAAGCUUCAGUAAUUUCCCUAAACAGCUGGGCGCUAGCUUUUACUAAAGGUUACUAAAGGGCUAAUUAGUGUAUUCUCAGUCCCACAUUAUUAAAGGUGCCCUGCCACACAUAUUCCAUUACUUUGUGGUAAUGUCUGAAGUUCUACCAUGGACUCUGUAACAUUUUUUGUGAAAAAAAAAAUGCCUUGGUUUAAAGACAUUCUGACGUGGUAUAGAAAGCCUCCAAGAAGACUCAGGCCAGCUACACACUGGCUGCGUCGCAGGAGUGUGGCGUUUCUUUUUGCGUGUCAGCUGCGUGGAUUUUUCUGUCUAUGUCCUACACACCAGAAACAUGUCUGACGCAGCACUUCUGCUGCUAGGUGACACACAGGGAGGGCUAUCUCGGGACAUAGCACCACCAGAUUUGGAUCACCCUUGUUUGAAAAGUGGGGAGAAAGUGGUUAAUCAUAAAUAUAUAGUCUACUGAUUUGAUUAAAGUGAGACAAUGUUCGCAGUAUUGACGGAAAAAUAGGUUACAGAAUAUUUCAUUCUGUAUGACAGGUGCAAUAUUUGAAAAAAAAAAAAAAUCUAUAUCUGCAUUGAUGUCAAAAUCUACAGACUUUCAAACAUCACCAUGUUUACAUUAAUACAUUAAUAUGUAUUUGUGUCAAAAUGACAUGUAAACAUCUUUUCCUAUUCUGUUUUGCCUGGAAACGCA